GCCUGCAACGACCCAUGUUUCCAUCACUCUCUCUCUCUCUCUCUCUCUCUCUCUCUCUCUCCAACAAAGUUCUUAAUCAAAUGUAUUUCAAAAACAAAUUUUAGCACAGAUGUAUCAUUAUCCCCCUCGGCACUUUUCAUGAGCUUCCUCCCUCCCGAAUUGUAGAGGUGUCCCUCUUCCUGAGCAUGAUCUCCCGUUUAUUUUCAUCUGCUCUGGCAACCUAAGCACACAUCUAUCAAGAUAACCACUUUGUCUCCCUCUCUCACUCACUAUGCCAGGAGCGCAAGGAGAAAUUAAAUUCUUUUCAGGUCAUGUGGCCUAGAUUAGUAGCGAACAAAAUCCUCAGGAAGAGAUUGGCUGGAAGCAACAACUUUGUCACAGAUUUUCCGAGCAAUACAGAAAGCAUUCCGGAAAUUCCGAGCUCAGACCAACCAUCACUGAGCGCUAAGACCAUCUUCAAUCAACACAAGGUUUUCGUUAGUACUUGGAACGUUGGCGGCGUUGCACCACAUGAUCAUUUCAGUAUCGAGGAUUUGCUCGACACAUGCAAUACUUCCUGUGACAUUUAUGUUUUUGGGUUUCAAGAAAUAGUGCCUCUAAGUGUGUCAAAUGUUCUAGGAUCUGAGAAUAGCAAAAUUUCCAUGAAAUGGAAUUCCUUGAUUAGAGAAGUUCUGAACAGGAAACUAGGCUUUUCUGGAAAUGAUGGAAAGUCAACCGAAAGCAGAAUUCCGCAAAACUUCCAGUGUAUCGUGAGUAAACAAAUGGUUGGGAUACUAAUAUCGGUCUGGGUUCGAAGCCAUCUUCGUCCAUUCAUUCGGCAUUCAAGUGUCUCAUGUGUCGGCUGUGGCAUCAUGGGCUGCCUCGGAAAUAAGGGUGCGGUGUCUGUAAGAUUUUUGUUACAUGAAACAAGCUUCUGCUUUGUGUGCAGUCAUCUUGCUUCAGGUGGCAGAGAAGGGGAUGAGAAGUAUAGAAACUCUAAUGUAGCUGAAAUAUUGUCUCGGACAAGCUUUCCUAAAGGCCUUUCGCUUGAUUUGCCUCCAAAGAUUCUUGAUCAUCACCGGGUUAUCUUUCUUGGGGACCUGAAUUAUAGAAUUUCCCUGCCAGAACCAACAACACGAUUAUUAGCAGACAGAGAAGAAUGGAAUGCGUUACUAGAAAAUGAUCAGCUCAGGAUGGAGCUCAUGGAUGGUCAAGUAUUCCAAGGUUGGCAUGAAGGAAUAAUCAAAUUUGCUCCCACUUACAAAUACUAUCCGAAUUCUGAUAUCUAUUAUGGAGGUGUAGGCAAAAAGGGUGAAAAGAGACGCGCUCCUGCAUGGUGUGAUCGGAUAAUUUGGUAUGGAAAGGGUUUAAAGCAGCAUUUAUACACUAGAGGUGAACCAAAGUUGUCUGAUCAUAAACCGGUCAAGGCAAUAUUUACAGCAGAUGUUGGGGUUUCACAAACGUUUAAAGGGCUGCAAAGUUUCUUCCUAUCCGACAGGUUUGAAGUUGAAGUUUCCUCCAGUACUGAUGAUUUUCUAUGUAAAGGCAGAUCAAGUUUCCGGUUCUAAAAUUAAACGAAACGUAGCUACGAGAUAUAUAGUAAGAUGUUGGAUAAAAGAGAGUUUUAGAAGCUUGUGUCAUAUUUUUUAAUUUAAGCUGAUAAAUGUACAGUGAAGUUGGUUUCUAAAUCCAA